AUGGUGGCUCCGGCCUCUGCUGGAGGCGCCUCUACAGGCUUGCAGCCUUCAACGAGUCGCCAACCUACUCGAUCAUCCAGCACUCACCCAUCGCAUUCUCAUAAUGUUCCCUUGAGCGCUCGCAGGUCCGAACCCCUCGACUUGUCCACCGUCGAGCGCCGUGGACAACCCAAUGCCCCUCGCGAACCGACUACACGAGUGCGUCCCCAUGGAUUACAAGAGGCCCCGACCUUUCGCCCGACAGAGGAGGAGUUCAAGGAUCCCGAGGCAUACAUCCGCAAGAUCGCGCCGGAGGGGAAGAAAUAUGGAAUUUGCCGGAUCAUUCCGCCCGAGAACUGGCAACCGUCGUUUGCUAUAGAUACAGAGGUAUGCGAGUGUUCCUGCGGUCUUCGAUUCCAUUUCAAAACCCGUCGACAAGAGCUCAACUCGGUUGAAGGAGGAACUCGUGCAAACUUGAACUACCUCGAUCAAUUGGCCAAGUUUCACAAGCAACAUGGCACCAACCUCAACCGAUUUCCGAGCGUCGACAAACGUCCGCUGGAUCUAUACAAAUUGAAAAAGGCGGUGGAGGUCCGCGGUGGCUUUGAUCAAGUCUGCAAGAUGAAGAAAUGGGCCGAGAUUGGGCGCGACCUGGGCUACAGUGGCAAAAUCAUGUCCUCCCUCUCCACCUCGCUCAAGAAUUCAUAUCAAAGAUGGCUCCAGCCAUACGAAGAGUAUCUGCGUGUGGCCAAACCCGGGGUUCAGCAACAAUUGGAGCUGGAACAGGGCGGUCCUUACACACCGUCCCCGAACCACUCCCCCAUGCCCAAAAAGCCCGUAUCACUUGACAGCGCUACGCCAUCGGCCACACCUCAACCCGCACCGAGCAAUCCAGUUGCGCCUCCAAGUGCAGCAAAGGAGGUCGAGGCCACUCCAGAGAAGCCCACACCGCCCGUCGAGCCUGCUCGGCCGAUUGCGUCUGGAUUCACACCGGUGAACGCCGGCUCGAGUGGCUUCACCGCUGUCAAUCGGUCACCCUCUUUUGUGGCUGUGAAUAGUGGCCCCGCCGUGAAGCGCGAAGCAGACAAUGGCUCUCUCACUCCGAAGAGUGUCGCUGAGCAUCCGGCCAACCCAAGCGCCGCUUCCAAUGGCCAUGCGGUUCCGCCAAUGAAGCGCGCGAUCAGCCACGAGAGUGCAUCGCACGCUGAGAACGGUGAAGUUGAUGCCAAUGGUCGACGGAGCAAGCGACUUCGCAAGGGUAGCCAGAAAUGCGAGAUUUGUGGCAAGUCGGAGGAACGCUCGUCGAUCCUCGUGUGCGAUAGUUGUGAUCAUGGGUACCACAAAUCUUGUCUCGAUCCACCCCUGACCACGGUCCCUGAGUAUGACUGGCAUUGCCCGAAAUGCCUGGUCGGUACGGGAGAAUUUGGCUUCGAAGAGGGCGGCGUGUAUUCGCUCAAGCAGUUCCAGGAGAAGGCGAACAACUUCAAGAAAAACUACUUCGCCUCCAAGAUGCCUUUUGACCCCGUGCUCAAUACUCACCGACGGGAAUCUGAGGAUGAUGUUGAGCGUGAGUUCUGGCGACUGGUUGAGAGCUUGACGGAGACGGUCGAGGUCGAGUACGGUGCGGAUAUCCAUUCAACUACCCAUGGAAGUGGCUUUCCCACCAUUGAACGGAAUCCGCUGGAUCCCUACUCGGUUGAUCCUUGGAAUCUGAACGUUAUGCCUUUCCACGGAGACUCCCUGUUCCGCCAUAUCAAGUCUGACAUCUCCGGCAUGACCGUCCCUUGGGUUUAUGUUGGCAUGUGCUUCUCGACGUUCUGCUGGCACAAUGAAGACCAUUAUGCUUAUUCGGCUAAUUACCAGCAUUUUGGUGCCACCAAGACGUGGUACGGAAUUCCUGGGGCGGAUGCCGAGGCGUUCGAGGAAGCCAUGCGACAGGCGGUGCCGGAGCUGUUCGAGGGCCAACCUGACCUUCUGUUCCAGUUAGUCACGCUAAUGCCCCCGGAUCAGCUAAGAAAGGCCGGUGUACGGGUGUAUGCAUUGGAUCAACGGGCGGGUCAGUUUGUGAUCACCUUCCCGCAAGCAUACCAUGCCGGGUUCAACCAUGGCUUCAACUUUAACGAGGCUGUCAACUUUGCGCCCGCAGAUUGGGAACCCUGGGGUGCUAUGGGGGUGCAGCGCCUCCAAGAUUUCCGUCGACACCCGUGCUUCUCCCAUGACGAGCUCCUUUUGACGGCUGCAGCUCGUGAUUCAUCUAUCACCACGGCCAAGUGGUUGGCGCCUGCACUCCAGCGUACCUGCGCACGGGAAUUGAGUGAUCGAGCGAUAUUCGCCACCCGGCAUCGGGAGCUGGCUCCGCACAACUGCACCCUGUAUACUGAAGACCCUGCAGCUACUGGGAAUUGUCAACUCAAGUUUGUGGUUGAGGAGGAAGACCUGCCCGAGGAUGAUUAUCAGUGCCAGUAUUGCAAGGCCUAUACUUAUCUAACGCAGUUCCGAUGCCAUAAGACUGGGAAGACAGUGUGCCUGCCCCACGUGGAAACGUAUGAUUGCUGUGGCGAACCGCUAACACAAAGGUUAACUGGCCCGGACCACACGCUGCGCUAUCGAAUAGGUGAUGAUGCCUUGAAGGCCUUGGUACUGAAGGUCCAGGAACGCGCCAGGAUCCCGGAGGCCUGGGGAGAAAAGCUCGACAAAAUGCUGGAAGACGAGCCGAAGCCCCAAUUGAAGGUCCUUCAUAACCUACUUAAUGAAGGUGAGAAAAUCCCAUACCAUUUGCCUGGUCUCCAAGAUCUCGCGGCUUUCGUCCAGCGUUGCGAUAAAUGGGUUGAAGAAGCAACCAAUUACAUUACCCGGAAGCAGCAGAACCGGAGGAAGAACGAGAAGGCGUGGCGCAAGGGGACUUCUAAAGCUGCGCAGCUGGAAGAACGUGAUCGUGAAGUUCGCAGAGUAGAAAACAUCUACGCCCUUCUUGCAGAGGCUGAUAAACUGUCGUUCGACUGUCCACAGAUGGCGGCUCUGGAAGAGAAGACCCGCGAGAUCGAGAAAUUCCGCCAGGACGUUAACGUUGCCCUCAUGAACCCCAACAUCCGAUCGGUCCAGGAAGUCGAGGAUCUGGUGGAAUCCGCGCGCAAUUUCAACGUGGAUAUACCCGAGGUUGAGGGACUAGAACACAUACUCCGGCAAAUGAAAUGGAACGAGGAAGCGCGUCGCAAACGGGAUCGGUACCUGACCUUGAAGGGGUGUCAGGAGAUCAUCCAGGCCGGCGAGCAACUAGGAUUAUCGGAGACCAACGACCACCUGCUCCACUUCAAGGAUCUGUGUCGCCACGGUGAGGCCUGGGAAGCAAAAGCCAAGGAGUUGAUGUCCGUAGAAGCCGUCCACUACCAGCAACUCGAGGCCUUGUCUGCGCAGGCAUCCCGGUUCCCAGUGUCCCCUGAUACCCUGGCAUCUGUAGAUGCAAUCUUGACCAAACAACGCGAGGCGCAGCGCAGGAUCCAGAGUCUGUAUGACCGGAGCCGGGAUCAGGAUUUUCGCAACCGCCCCAAGUACAAGGAAGUCCGGGAGCUCAUGGAUUCUCUGGAGGAGCUGAAUAGCCGGCCUACUGGUGCGAUUGACCUGGAGCGUGAGCAAAAGCGUCAUGAGGAUUGGAUGAGGAAAGGCAAAAAAUUGUUUGGCAAGGCGAAUGCCCCGCUGCACAUCCUGAAGUCACAUAUGGAGUAUGUCGAGAAGCGCAAUUCAUACUGCUUCGAUCUGGAAGAUCGCUGUCGGCCGCCUGUGGAACCGGCAUCGCGAGACAAUACCCCUGAUGGUUUGCUGGAAAGCACCAGCACUCCUAGUAUGUGGGGUGGUGGAAAAUCGCGGAAACGGGAUGUAUUUUGCAUCUGCAGACACUCGGAAGCUGGCAUGAUGAUCGAGUGUGAGGUUUGUCAUGAAUGGUAA